UAUGCCUUUAUGGAGAAGUCUCAAAUUAAGGCCGAAGAGGAGGUCUACUAUCCUUCCAUACCAGCGGAGCCGUCUGGCAGUACAGUAUACAGUAGUGAACCGACAGCACGUGUAAACAUGAAUGGUUCUCACAUGAUGAACACAAGCCAAAGUGUUUUCCCCACAAUUCCGGGGGGACCUGGAAAAACAUUGACUAUGGAACAAGUUGACCCAUCAACGUUAGAAGACGAUUCGGAUUCAGAUGACGGACUGAGAGCUAUGGGUAUCGGGAUUAAACCCGGAAAAAAGACGAAAGGACGAGUUAAAAUUAAAAUGGAAUUUAUUGAAAACAAACUCAGACGAUAUACAACAUUCAGUAAACGGAAAACCGGAAUAAUGAAAAAGGCAUAUGAGUUAUCUACCCUGACUGGUACCCAGGUAAUGUUGUUGGUGGCCAGUGAGACCGGCCAUGUGUACACCUUUGCUACCCGUAAACUUCAGCCAAUGAUUACCAGUGACAGUGGUAAGGCCCUUAUACAGACCUGUCUGAACUCCCCAGACCCACCCCCAGGAUCUCAGGCAGCUCAAGUCAUAGAACAACGAAUGAACCCCACGGGAUUUGAGGAGACAGAACUCAGCUAUGCAGUUAGUGAAGAGGAAAGUAAGCUGGACAGUGCAAUGAAACCAGUGCUAGCAGUGGGUACCCUUACUCCUGGGAUGCCGGAGACUCCAGGGUUUGUCCAGUCCUCCCAAAGUCAAGGAAUGGUCCUCAGUAGUUCCCCGUCCUCUGUUCCUGCCUCCAAUCUCCUCCAACAGCCUGUAUCCACGACUACAACACCAACCACGCAAGCCACAUAUCCCUCAUACACAACACCCAACAAAGCAGCUACCAUGCAGCUUUCAGGUCUCCCUACGGGAGCUGUCCUAGUCCCUCCAGGUACGCCAUUAAUUCCACUUCAACAAAACGGACAACAAAUCCCUUCAGCAGCUCAACAAACGACGCAAACAGUUUAUCGUAUUCCCAACACAAACCAGCUUGUCACCAUACCUAACAAUUCUUUGGGUCAGUUUGAUAUAUUGUCAUCAGAGGCAGGACAAAACAACGGACUUCCAUCGAUCACAGGGAGUGUCUCCACACAAGGUGUAACACCUACAACACAGACGUCGAGUGGCCUGACCCCAGGGCUAGUAAUGUACCAGACGCCCCAGGGUAUCGUGUACGCACCUACCACAGCCACCCUACAGGACCGCUCAGUAUUUAAUUUCCCACAGCCUGCAACAAGUCUGUCCAUCCCUACACAGGCCGAGGGAGGACAGCAGAUAAUCACGAUACCUGUCCCAGUGUCGCUGUCGGCCACCUCACCACAGGUCCUACAGUUAAGUGCUCCAGUAGAAAGUAGUUCUGGGUCAAUCACGCUAAGUCAACCAAGUGCGGCCAAGCGCUCCCGUAAAUGACACAUGUAGCACAGCUAUGAUGGUCUAAUUUACACACGUGGCCUUGUUUGAUGCUGUUCCAUUCCCAAGUGUUGAAGCGACCAGGUCUGGUUCCUUUGUUUGGAAGAGAUAUCCAUCUAAUGGAUAUUAUACCGAGAGCCUGGCUUGUCAUACUCUCGGGAAUCCCAGCCUGAUGUUAACACUGAUUUGUUGGUGCUUUAAUACUCUGACAAUGUGAUGGAACACAAGACUGUAGCAGGGCUAGAAAAGACUACAACAGGCCUAGAUACAACGGUUACAGGGACAUCUGAUGGAAGUUUCCAACUGAUACCUCAUCAGUAGAACUACGACAGGAGUGUCUCUGUGAAGUAUUACGUCACACUCCAGAUAAAGGCUUUCCUUUUCUUCGACAGGUGUAUCCACAGUUUUCUAGUUGUAUUAUUGUCUUAGAGUAGGAUAGAAACAGAGGAAUUCCACUGUAACAGCCAUUGUUCGCUGUAUCAAUUCAUUAAGGUCAUAUAAUAAUGAUUCACUUAACCCAUAACUUACAUACCUUACAAAUGAAGGGGCCACUCUGAGACAAACAAAUAAUUCAACCUAUUGGAAUUAGAUGGGGGAUCUAAACCCACAGCUGCUGAACUUACUACCAAACAUUCAGGGUCAAGAUCCUCCUGUCUGGCCCCAAAGGUCGAGAUAGAUCUUCCUUUCUUGCCCAAAGGGUCUCGCCCCAAAGGUCGAGAUUCAUCUUCCUCAUCCCAAAGGUCGAGAUUCAUCUUCCUCAUCCCAAAGGUCGAGAUUCAUCUUCCUCAUCCCAAAGGAAGAGAUCGAUCCUUCUCAUCCCAAAGGGACUCUGAUACUUUCUGUUCUCAUGUUACCCUCCUGGUCAAUAUUAUUUCAAUGAUUAAAUUGCGAAAACAAUGUAGUAUUGAAAAGUAUAUGAAGAUGACUACAUACAUGUAUGUCACUAAUUUGAUUCAUUUACUUUCCCACCAGAUGGGUACAGCCUUCCACUGAAUUGUAUCUUGCAAUCACAAUUUAAAAAAAUAAAAUUUAAAAGAUACAGAAAAAAAAUUUGGUUGACUGACCUAACCACUUGUAUUUUAUGCUUAAGUUUUCAAUUAUUACCACCUAAAUACGAAAAUGAUUUCCCUGAUCACAAUUUGAACUUGCCUAAAUUAAAGUGUCUGCCUGUAUUUUAAGUAUUAAGAUUUUAAUGUACACUUGUAUAUACCAGGUAGUUUUGAAUAUUUUCGAGCAUAUUCUCCAAUUCUCAAAAUCCACUUAAUUUAAAAUUUCAGGUUUUUCACCCAAAAAUUGAUUCACUGAAAUCUACAUGGUAUCCUGAUAUUAAGUGUACACUCUUUAAUCUACUCAAAUAACUUGGUUGCCAAACCUUUCUGAGAACCUAAGAUAAACACUGCUCUGUUGGUGUGGAUGUCACAGAAAAGUAACACCUUAGUCCCAUCUCGUUGCCUUGGUGACAGGGAGACAAAAGACCUUGAGGUCAGUUGAGUCCCAUCUCGUUGCCUUGGUGACAGGGAGACAAAAGACCUUGAGGUCAGUUUAAGUCUCAUCUCGUUGCCUUGGUGACAGGGAGACAAAAGACCUUGAGGUCAGUUUAAGACCUUCCAAUACUAAGUUCACUUGUUACGUCAGCACCCUAUUUAAAUGUUUUACAUAUUUCUAUGCUACAUAAAUAAUCCAACCAUUCCAAAACCUUCCUCAUCAAAAUUAUAUGUCAUCCUCAAAGAUACUAAUAUCUGAAAUAUAACUAAGAGACAAACUCGUCACUUAUAAUGCCGUUCAAUAUAACAUGUUAAUGUGUUUGAAUUAUGUUUAUAUAAAACCAUAUAAUAUGAUAUGGUCAAGGAAUGAUUCCACAGUGAUGUUUAAUAUAUUUUGUCAAAUCUAAUUAAAACACUUAUACAAAUUUCAAAAUUACCCACACAAAAUGUGUCAACUUGAAAUGUACUGACUUCCUGAUCACAGACUUGAUCGCUCAUUCUGAAAUUGUACAUCAGUGUUUGAGAUGGUUUGAGAUGGUCUGUAGUUGUGUAAAUUGCAUUUAAAGAAUAAUUAUCAGAAAAUAGAGGGCUAAAAGGUAGCCAUCUUUGAUUCUGAGAUUUAAAGUUUGUGAAUCUAUUUGUCAGAGAAUAUUGAAGGAGACAUUUUCAUGCAGGUUCGCCCUGGUCCCAUGUUUAAAUAUACAUAUUCUAGUCGAUGGUUCUCAUGAAGACCUGAUCACUUUAAAAGGACAAUCAAUACCAUUUUUAUCCUCAUGCUUUAUUUUAUUAGAGGAAAGAAAAGGGUCUUUUCAUUGUGGACAUGGAGAUCCUUCUAGAUUUAAAUUUACUCAGAACCAAACAUGUGUUAAUGAGUGGGGUAAGAUUUUUCAAAUCAGAACAAUGGGGAAAUAAAUAUACCAAGGGUUUAAAUUUCAAUAUAACCUAAACUGGUUUACUGUCUCAUAAAAAUCAAAGGUGGCACUUAAUUACUGCUGAAAUGAUGUUACAGGUAUUUAUAUAAUCAGGUACACCAUUUAUAGAUAAGGAUGUGAGGGAUAUCUUUGUUAGCCCUCACUUACUUUGAUUUUAUUAUGACUACUUUUACCCUUACUGGGUAUUUGUAACUAAACGUUGUAACAGUACUCCAAAUCUAUAUUGUACACAUUGUGAGACUUAAGGGAGUCGCUGGUGAUCAUUUUGUAGUGUUUUCUUCCUGUGUUAGUGCAAUAUUUAUUUUUGUUUUCUAUUGUUUGUAAAUAUAUCCAUUGAUGUCCAGAGAGGUGUCUAGUUCUCACUGUAAAUCAUCGUCAUACCACAUCUCCUCAUAACAACAACAUUUAUAUACACUGAGUUAAUAGGGCAACAUGCAUGUACAUUAAUAAAAAAAUCAAUUAUUGUAUAGAUACUAGUGUCAUCUGAUGUCAUGACAUCUGGUGUACUCAUAAGGGAAUUGUCUUUAUGACCUUGGUUUGUGUCACACUGUGUUUGUUUAUGCUCAAUGUUUAGUUUUGAUUUAUAAAUAUGUAUGUAAAAGGAUAUAUCAAUUAGGUAACUUUAUGCCUUGUAACAGCACUAAUAUAAUUGAUUGUCUUUUUUUUCAUAGAACUUUUUCUGAAGAAUCAUUGUUUCUACAGAACAGCAAUUUUAGAGAUUCCUUGGCUCAAGCUCAACUUAUUUAUUUGUACAUCAUUAGCUCAACUUACUUCCAAAUUGAUUAAAGCUAAAACAUUCAAACCAGCUUUGCACCCAUGGCGGGCUGCAAAGUUUUCAAACAGAAAUAACCCUGAUUAAUAUUAAAGGUCAUGGGGUCAAGUUUGUUUUAAAAUAAUCUUCCAUAAACACUAACAAAAAUUGUAGAGUUAUGAAAGCUAGAGUAAUUUGAUGUUUAGCCCCAGUACAAGGGGAAUGACAUGUGACACCGGUUAUAUGACAUGUGACACCGGUUAUAACCUAUAUAGAGUUAUUUUGUAUCAGUGUAAUCUUAACAUUCAUAACCAGAUUUUGUCUUUUCUACAAACUUUAUGAUGGAAGUUUGAAUUAUUUUCAGUGCCAAUUUAACCCAUGUGAUAUGAAUCCAGUUAUACUCUGUCAUCAAGAGAUAUGUUAUUGGUGUAGUAACGACUUCACAAGUUAUUUAUUUAUCUAAUAGUUCAGACAGGUUAACUUUUUCCUAGGAAGAUGGAAAUUAAAUUAAGAUAGUGUUUCUGAACUGAAUCUUCUUAAAAUCAUGUUAAGAACGAGGAAAUCCAGUGUUGUAAUUUGAGGUACCAUACAGGCCCUUUGGGUCUCUUGUUAUAGUAGCCAUGUUAAAAUUCUCAGUCUUGUAGUACAUAGAGAUCAUUACUGUAAAAAGAAAGUUGUUAAUGUUAUGAUGAGUUAUUAGUCUCUUUAGGAUCUUGAAGUCCAGUCUGGUUUAGAUUUGUCUUAUACUGAUAUCCCCCAAAUUUAUCUGUACCCCACAAUAUAGCUGGUAGUUUGUAAACCUGACAGUACAUUACAAUGUAAGUGUUGUCAUGAUCUUGUGUUUAACUUGUUAUCACAUCAGUACAAUGAUGAACAGGCACAUCUACAUUAGUUCCUACAGAAAUAUUAUAUAGUGUUGUUAAUGAAAUCAUUAUUUAAAGCAAUUCUUCUACAUGUACAAUGCACAAAAAUGUAUCUGUUACAAACGAUGCAAUGUCCGAGAAACUAAAUGCUCUGUACAAUAUAUAUCACAUAAAUAUAUAAUAUUUGUUAUUUUAGAACAAAUGACUUUGAAAUACUACCAAGGCAUAUGACUUGGAGUGAUGCUGAUGACAACAUCAGUAAUCUGACAACACUACGCUAUCUGGUGGGGAUGGUUGAUAAUAUUCUGGUCUACCAGAGUUAUCUCCCUUCAUUUCACUCGAUCAGAUAUUGGAAACAAAAAUUGGUUGGCAAAGGAUUUUCGUAAAGACUAAAUAUAACUCUCUCUGGACAAGUUCAAACCAUUAAGUACCUUGAUCUAGUGGUUAUACUUGUUAUUGCAUCUAAAUUCUCUUACUUGUUAGUAGCACAACUACUAUGUAUGUACAUGUACUAAAACCAAAUGUUCUUGAUUUUAAGAUUAAGUGUGUAAACUUACCUACAAAGAUCAUUUUAGUACCUAACAAAAAUGUUCUAAAUAUUUUUUAAACCUUAUUUAUUGUGACACUGUUCUGUAUUAUUUAUCAUUUAAGUGCCAUUUCAUCGUCUUCAUUACAUUUCUGUGUUUUUCAUUCCUUGUUGACCAAGGCUUUAAUCAUUAACUUUGAACAAGUUUUAUAUAUUGUUAUAUGGUAACCAUGGAAAUACCUUGUAUGUAUAAUGUGACUAAAUGACUAUCUGUUUAAAUCGUUAGUUUAGUUAAUUUUGUGGCCAAAUUACCUUGUGUUAAUCAAUUGAAAUCAUUAAUUAUGCAAUCUCAAUUUUGAAAGUGAUAAAUGUUUAAGCAAUCAUGAUUUUAGCACACAUAACUGGGUGACCGUAUGUUUUGGUCCAUGGUCUGUCAUCACUUUCUGUCCAUCCGUCCAUCAACUUUGUUUUAUUAAUAGCAUCCUUUAGAGGCUUAGAACCUAGAAUGCAUAUUCAUACCCUGCCUACACUACUUUCCAGCAGGACUGAUGACAACCAUCGUCCAGAGUUACAUCAUCAAAGCUAAUGAGAACCAUGAUCCUCCUAUUAUAUUUGUCCAUUAGAUACCGGUAUCUGUGAUGUAGUGCUAUAAAGUUCCUUCAUAUAAAUGCCCUUGACCUACUUUCAAUCUCACAGGGGCCAAAUAUAUUCGGAUCUUUCAAAGAACAUUAUCAGAAUUCUAGGGACUGUGGAGUCGAAAUAUUUUCUAUUAAAAACAUUUUGUCAUUAUUUUUCUUAUAUUAAUAAGAUCAAUACAGGCUCUGUUGGCCUUUUGUUUCUUUGCCCUUAAGAGGAUCAGUAUUAGAUUAUAGCUACUACAGACCUAUAGAGCUCAUACUUACAAGACUAACCUCUGUACAUAUUUUUUCAUUAGAAUAUGUAAGGUAUUUCUAAUAUGAAAUGUUCAUGCUCCAUAUAUUUGAAAUAAUGAUGUUAAUUAUGGCAUGUCUUAGUGAUGAAAAUGUGUUACUAGAUGUAUUUUUAUAACGAUAGUGCCUUUUGUGGAUUGAGAGUUAAGAGUGAGAAGGAGAUGUGUGUUCUGAUGGUGGUGUGAGACCUCAGAAUGGUGGGAACCUAAUUUGGUACCCACUAUGAAAUAGCUUUUCACACAUACAAUGUUAUUUUUGAUAAAUAAAUAAAACAUUUUAAAUGAA